GCCAAAUGGGCAUGGCCGCUACUGCGCUACUGCGCACGCUCGCUGUGCUUGCCCCGGCUUCCCUCCUCCCACCCGGGAAACCGGAAGCCGCCUCCCACUUGGUUGCUCCUACGCGGCUAGCCGGUCCUCAGUGGAUGCAGGCUGGGCGCCGCGAUGUUCGACGGGACACCGGCGGAGAGCGACCUCGGGGUUAAGGGGUGGGGCUGACGUCAGGAGCCAAGAUGGCGGCUGUGGUCGCACUCUCCUUGAGGCGGCGGUUACCGGCCACAACCCUUGGCGGAGCCUGCCUGCAGGCCUCCCGAGGAACCCAGACAGCUGCAGCCGCAGCUCCCCGUAUCAAGAAAUUUGCCAUCUAUCGAUGGGACCCAGACAAGGCUGGAGACAAACCUCAUAUGCAGACUUAUGAAGUUGACCUUAAUAAAUGUGGCCCCAUGGUAUUAGAUGCUUUAAUCAAGAUUAAGAAUGAAGUUGACUCUACUUUGACCUUCCGAAGAUCAUGCAGAGAAGGCAUCUGUGGCUCUUGUGCAAUGAACAUCAAUGGAGGCAACACUCUAGCUUGCACCCGAAGGAUUGACACCAACCUCAAUAAGGUCUCAAAAAUCUACCCUCUUCCACACAUGUAUGUGAUAAAGGAUCUUGUUCCCGAUUUGAGCAACUUCUAUGCACAAUACAAAUCCAUUGAGCCUUAUUUGAAGAAGAAGGAUGAAUCUCAGGAAGGCAAGCAGCAGUAUCUGCAGUCCAUAGAAGAGCGUGAGAAACUGGACGGGCUCUAUGAGUGCAUUCUCUGUGCCUGCUGUAGCACCAGCUGCCCCAGCUACUGGUGGAACGGAGACAAAUAUCUGGGGCCUGCAGUUCUUAUGCAGGCCUAUCGCUGGAUGAUUGACUCCAGAGACGACUUCACAGAGGAGCGCCUGGCCAAGCUGCAGGACCCAUUCUCUCUAUACCGCUGCCACACCAUCAUGAACUGCACAAGGACCUGUCCCAAGGGUCUGAAUCCAGGGAAAGCUAUUGCGGAGAUCAAGAAAAUGAUGGCAACCUAUAAGGAGAAGAAAGCUUCAGUUUAACUGUUUCCAUGCUAAACAUGAUUUAUAACCAGCUCAGAGCUGAACAUAAUUUAUAUCUAAUUUGAGUUCCUUUAAAGAUCUUGGUUUUCCAUGAAUACAGCAUGUAUAAUAAAAAUUUUAAGAAAUAAAUGUUAUUCUACUUUAUUAACAAAAAAAA